CAAUUCGUUGAAGCGGACUUGCGGUAGAGAGUAGUAUGGUCCCUUAACGAGAAAUUCAUACCUUCGCCGUUAAUUCAACGGUCCGUUUACAUCCCUCUGGAUACUGAUAAAUUAUCAAUUAAAAUAAAACCUGAUCAACCAAUAAGGAGCCGGGGUAAAGCCCACUGCUUGACCUUGCAUUGAAUGUCAUAAUAGACGGAUAUUUUAAAGCACCGACAAGGUUGUCAGUCACUGCCAUGGAGAUUGUCACACAUUUAAUUAAUGACACCAUAGAGUUCUACAAAUGGACCCUAACUAUUGCAGACAAGCGAGUGGAGAAAUGGGCUCUGAUGGACAACCCGCUGCCCACAUUGGCCAUCAGCACCUCCUACCUGCUCUUCCUCUGGUUGGGGCCCAAAUACAUGAAGAACAGAGAGCCAUUCCAGCUCCGCAAAACUCUCAUUGUCUACAACUUCAGCAUGGUCUUCCUCAACUUCUUCAUCUUUAAAGAGCUGUUUAUGGCAGCACGGGCGGCAAGAUACAGUUACAUAUGUCAACCUGUGGACUAUUCCGAUGACCCCAAUGAAGUCAGGGUGGCAGGGGCGCUGUGGUGGUACUUCGUCUCCAAGGGCAUCGAGUAUCUGGACACUGUGUUUUUCAUCUUGAGGAAAAAGUUCAGCCAGGUUACCUUCCUGCACGUCUACCACCACUGCACCAUGUUCACACUCUGGUGGAUUGGCAUUAAGUGGGUUGCUGGAGGACAGUCAUUCUUUGGUGCACACAUGAAUGCACUGAUCCAUGUCUUGAUGUAUCUCUAUUAUGGUUUGGCCUCCUGUGGACCUAAGAUCCAAAAGUACCUUUGGUGGAAGAAGUACUUGACCAUCAUCCAGAUGAUUCAGUUCCACGUCACUAUUGGUCACACAGCCUUGUCGCUGUACGUCAACUGCGACUUCCCUCACUGGAUGCACUACUCCCUCAUCUGCUACGCCGUCACCUUCAUCAUCCUGUUCGGCAACUUCUACUACCAAACCUACCGCCGCCAGCAGCCUGCGCGACGCGACACAUCUUCUUCCUCCAGAGCAGGCAAGGCUCUCUCUAACGGCACCCUCAAUGGGCUCAGCAAAGCCGGCAGUGGAGCAGCACUGAUGGGAAGCAAAGAGGAGAAGCCUCAGGAGAACUCUGGAAGGAGAAAGAGGAAAGGACGUGCUAAAAGAGAUUAGAGAUAAGAGGAGAACAGGGGAGGUAGGGCCUUACUUUGGCUUUUAGGUUGCUAUUGCUGGAACAUGAAAAGACUUAAAUUGAGAAAGACUUGGGUUAGAUGGAUGUGUUCAGGUGAGAUGUAUUUCUUUAAAGCCAUCGUCUGAGUUGUAGAUAAACAAUGGGAUAGGUCUUUUGUUAUGGAGGAUGUUUCUUUUGAUAAGAGGUGUCAAAUGUCAUGACUAAGAUGGUCAUUAUAAAAAAAUAACCCUAAAAAACAAAAAAAGAAAAAAAAACAGAAGUAGGAUAUGCUAUAGAUAGUAGUACUCCUUUUCUUUAUUGCCAUGUGCAGCAGAUCUGGUUCAGAAAGGAACAUGCAAUCAAACGCUGAGCCUGAAAGGGAAACAAGGUCUUUCAGGUCAAUUUGAAAUGCCUGAAAAACUAAAAUAAAUGCCCCUGAGCUGUAAAAAAAGAUUACACACAUUUAACAAACACUGCUUUAUUGAAACAGGAAUACACACCAAAACACACACGUCAGUUUCUGUUGAUAAUGGUAAUAUUUUUUGUUAAUUGCCUGUACAGACAUAGAAGUGAUGAUGAUGUAUACUGUCAUGUUAUUUUGGUUCUCAUCUUUUUCAAGCUUUUUCAUGAAAGAAACUUUAAAGUUUGUAUUUCCUUUCUAUUGUAACCGCUGUAAUUACUCAUUUAUUUAUGCAGAAACUUAUUUUAUUUUAACUUAUCUUAUUUUUAUUUAUUUUGGAAUUCUCACUUCUGAGUUAACAUCAUCACUUUGUUAUAGUCUGAAAAGAGAAAAUCAAAUUGAGAGUUAAAGUGUAUAUAGAAACAAAAAAAAACCUGCAUUUUUAAUCCUCUGAAAGAGGGAUUAUGUUGUUCAAUUCUUAUUUAAAGAUGGAAUAAUCCUCAUUAUCAGCUCAUUCUGAAGUGUAAUUCAAAUUUCUUUUAUUUCUGAAUUAAACAUUAUCCAUUUUGUAUAUCCAUAAAUGUCACGUGAAGAGAUGUAAUGAAUAUUAUCCAAAGAAACAACAGAGCUGAGGAUAUUCUGUACCCCUUCCACAGAGAAGCAGGUGGAGUUUUGUCUUUGCAGAUGUCUCUUUGUCUUUUUAUAUCAUAUCCUUUUAGAACUUGCCGUUUGUCAUCAAAGCUGGUGAAAACAAGGCUGCUGUGGUGUUUUGGGUUAACCUUUGUAUUUAGAGAGAAUGCAGAGCCAGCUUACAGCCCAUUUUAAAGAUGUUAGCUACCUUUAACACUGUUAAAAAUAUUUUUACAUAUUCAAGCUGACGUCAUUCUGCAGCGAAGCUUUCAGCCUCAUUUCACGUCCUCAGCUGGCUUAAAUGUAAAUUUAUCAGGAGAGGCGUUUGACUUGGAAAAGGUAAAGGUUACUAUUUCUCUACUUAAAGAGAGAGACUAUGUUUAACAGCUAUGAAGAAUACGUUGCUCUGCCCGUUUAAAUUAGCUCUAUAUUAGCAAAUCAUGCUUCACGUCAGCCAUCAGUCAACGCAUUUUAAUGUUAUUUAUUGAUUAUUUAUUGUUUUGUAAAUAUCAUUAAGCUGAGAGUGCUUGUCUGUGUAUUUGUUUUUCUUUCUGUGAUGUACAUAUUACAUUGUGAUAUUUUGUAUACAACGCAGAGUGGACAUUUGUGCAUCCACAAUGCUUCUGUUUUCAUUUAUUUGUUUUCUUUUUUUAGCUUUGGAUUUUCUUCAGAUUGAAUUAAACUGAAUGCCUGUACAAUUUCUUUACAAGGCUACUUCCUGAUAAUUUACGUGUCGUUGCAUGUCUUCUGCAAGGGUAAAAUCUGUUUUAAACAUGGACUUGGUAACUCAGUAAAUGUGAGUUUCCAGAUUUCCAACACAAGAGGGCGCCUUGUAACAUAACAUUAAAUAAAGUUAUUGAUCAGUAUCCUCACUAUGAUCCCUAAAGCUGAACUUUAUUAGGUA